CAUCCCAAACAACUGCAACGCUGGAAGGUAGCAUUUUCAUUCGUCUUAUUAGUUAAUAUAACAUAAAAUUCAUUUUUUUGGGCGGUCAAAACAUUCAAGUUAACGAAAUGGAACCUUCAACACCAACAAACUCACUACGUGAUACGUCAAAGAGAGUUUAAAUAAUGUAUCAUUUAUCUUUGUUACGGUUUUUAGUUUGGUAGCGACUGUCAUGUUUGGUAGCGAGUGUCAUGUUUGGUAGCGACUGUCAUGUUUGGUAGCGCCUGUUCUAUUUAGUAGCGACUGUAAUCUUUGGUAGCGCCUGUUCUGCUUGGUGGUGAAUGUUCUGUUUGGUUGCGAUUUUUAUUAUGAAUGUGUGCUUUAUUCCUGAUUCAGAAACUUCAACUCAAAAUUAGGGUGUGAGUCUUAGGGUCAGAGUGUUAGGUCCUGAGUUUUAUGGACUGAGUCUUAGUAUCUGGUUCUUAGGGACUGAGUCUUAAGGUUUGGGCCUUUUGGUCUGACUCUUAGGGUCUUAAGCUGUUUUAUUUGUGUCUGUUGUGAAAGCUUUGGGCAUGUUUACAAAAACUCUCUCCGGUUCUUGCAUAGGUGAUGUAGCUUCAUACAUUUAUCUUAAGUUAGCCACAACAUCAUUUUGACAAUGCUCAAACCAUUGCGAAUUUUUAUGUGAAGCACAGUGAGCCUAGCCCUAGUUUGGGGUACUGCGCUAUGUAUAAUCACUUUAUUAUUAAUAAUAAUAAAAAUAAUAAAAUGUAAUUUUUUGUAUCCUUUAAAAAAAUUUUUCUUCUGCUAAGGGAAUUAAAUGUUUUAAUUAUUAUUUUAUAUUCCAGGUAGGACAAGGGGCACGUUAUCACAAACUACAACAGAAAGUUUGAUGCCGACAACAGAGGCGAUGAUACAGACAACAAAGAAAGCAAUGGUGAGCCGAAAGGGUCAAAUAAAACCAACAGCAAAAAAAUCCAGGCCACCCACACAAGGAAAAACAACACCGGGCACAAGGAGUCGAAAAGGAAAAUCAUCGCUGCUGGACACCACAGAAGAUCAGAGCCUGGUGGAUUUGAUGGAUGCCGAAAUGGUAGCUCUCGAGAAGAAGCCAAAACCCACUUUUAGCAGCUCGGAGUCGAGCAGCGAGACAGAAGAAAUCCGUUUGGGUGACGUCGUCCCAGAGCGACUCACGUUCGUGAAUUCCUGUGCUUCAUUCAGAAGUUUGUCUCUCAUGAACAUAUUAGCCAAUGCCUUAAAUACGGCUGCAAUUCUUAUAA